CUUCCUCAGAGGUCUCUGCCUUCUGGCCUAGGUCUGCCUACCACCUGGGAGACAGGAUGCUCUUCCUAUCCCACCCGCCUGGAGCAGGCCCUGGACAGAGCCACGAAUGUGAAGAUGACUAGGAUUCAAGCAGGCGACGCGUACAUCCUACUCCAUGCCUUGAGCCCUGCGUGGGGUCGGGACGCCUCCUGGGAUUCCAGGUGGGCCUAGCUGAGGAUUUGGGGCGCCCCGGGACUCGCGUGUCAGCGCGGCGGGCACCCAGGGCCACGAUCUGUCUCCGCCCCUUCCUCUUUCUCCGCCCCCUCCCUCUUCCCUCCCCUGAGCGCGGCCACAGCCGCCUCCCACCCGCGGGAUCCCGGCGUCCGCCAGCCGCUCACGCGUCCGUCGGUCGGCGGGGUCGUCUGUCCGCGCGCGGAGCACCCAGCGCCCCGGCGCGGCGGCCUCAGGGCCGGGGAGGAAAAGGGCGCGGAGGCGGGACCGCGGCUCCCUCCCACUCCGGGGGGAGCCCCGGAGGCGGCGGUGCUAAAGCGCGAGCCGAAGAAGGCAGACCAGAGGAGAGGCGGUCGCGAGCACGAGUGGGGUGGGGUGUGCCCACGGGCCCCCGCCCCCCUCGGCGCCCGCCCAGCUCCUGAGCUGCUGCAGGGUGGGCUGGCCAGGGCACGCGCUGCACCCUCGCCGGUUCGGUCUUCAGCCACAGAGGCCCUACAGGACACGGUGUGGAGCAGGAACAAGGGGGACAGGGACGCCCCUUCAGCAGGAGCCGUCCGGGGGGCGGGCCCGAGACAAGCCAAGCAACCCCACUGGAAGCAGGCACAGGGUCUGGGACGCAGUUAAGAGCUCACAGGGCUGGCCGGGCGCCGCAGAGAGCGCAGGCUGGGCUUUUACCUCCUGGGUGACAGGCCCUGUGCUGCCAGAAAGAGGACAGAGAACAGAGACCAGCAUGACCUAGAGUAGGGGCGCUGCCUACUUCCUUACCUGAGCCCAGGGAGCCAAGGAAUUUAUAACAAUUACCCAUCGUAAGAAAGGCAUUUGCUGUCCAGAGCAGCCCCCUUUAACGGAGACAGCACUGCAGGCAAGGGGUCCUUGGAGCCUGAACACCACCCCACAUUCCUUUUAACUGAGGCCUCUUGGUGUCAGGAGGUAGAAAGGCUGGGCAGUUCUUGCUGCUGCACUGGGGAGAGAGGACGUUCCCUGCCUGAUCCCAGGCCCAGAAGAGCUGGGCCCAUAAUAGUGGGGUCCUGGCCCCGGAGGCAGCAGCGGCCAUGUCACGGCCAGGCCAGGGGGGGAUGAUGCCAGUGAAUGGGUUGGGCUUCCCACCGCAGAAUGUGGCCCGGGUGGUGGUGUGGGAGUGGCUGAAUGAGCACAGCCGCUGGCGGCCCUACACGGCCACCGUGUGUCACCACAUUGAGAACGUGCUGAAGGAGGAUACACGCGGUUCCGUAGUCCUGGGGCAGGUGGACGCCCAGCUGGUGCCCUACAUCAUCGACCUGCAAUCCAUGCACCAAUUUCGCCAGGACACAGGCACCAUGAGGCCCGUGCGGCGCAACUUCUACGACCCGUCGUCGGCGCCAGGCAAGGGCAUCGUGUGGGAGUGGGAGAACGACGGCGGCGCCUGGACGGCCUACGACAUGGACAUCUGCAUCACCAUCCAGAACGCCUACGAGAAGCAGCACCCGUGGCUCGACCUCUCGUCGCUCGGCUUCUGCUACCUCAUCUACUUCAACAGUAUGUCGCAGAUGAACCGCCAGACGCGCCGGCGCCGCCGCCUGCGCCGCCGCCUGGACCUCGCCUACCCUCUCACUGUCGGCUCCAUCCCCAAGUCUCAGUCGUGGCCCGUGGGUGCCAGCUCGGGCCAACCCUGCUCGUGCCAGCAGUGCCUGCUGGUCAACAGCACGCGUGCGGCCUCCAACGCCAUCCUGGCCUCACAGCGCCGCAAGGCGACCCCGGCACCCCCAGCGCCGCAGCCCCCGGGAGGGCCACCUGGCACCCUCGCGGUGCGCCCCAGCGCCACCUUCGCCGGCGCCGUGCUCUGGGCCGCGCCCUCGGCCGGCCCCGCCGAGCCCGCGCAGCCCCCUGGAGCGCCCCCGCGGAGCCCCAGCGCCCCCCGAGGGGCGCCCACGCCCGGGCAGAACAACCUCAACCGACCUGGGCCCCAGCGCGCCCCCAGCGUGAGCGCACGUGCCUCCAUCCCGCCGGGGGUCCCGGCGCUUCCGGUGAAGAAUUUGAAUGGUACCGGACCGGUCCACCCGGCUCUGGCAGGCAUGACAGGGAUCCUGCUGUGCGCCGCCGGCCUGCCCGUGUGCCUGACGCGGGCCCCCAAGCCCAUCCUGCACCCCCCGCCCGUGAGCAAGAGCGAUGUCAAGCCCGUGCCCGGAGUGCCCGGGGUGUGCCGCAAGACCAAGAAGAAGCACCUCAAAAAGAGUAAGAACCCCGAGGAUGUGGUUCGAAGGUACAUGCAGAAGGUGAAGAACCCACCUGAUGAGGACUGCACCAUCUGCAUGGAGCGGCUGGUCACAGCAUCUGGCUACGAGGGCGUGCUUCGGCACAAGGGCGUGCGGCCUGAGCUCGUGGGCCGCCUGGGCCGCUGCGGCCACAUGUACCACCUGCUGUGCCUCGUGGCCAUGUACUCCAAUGGCAACAAGGAUGGCAGCCUGCAGUGCCCCACCUGCAAGGCCAUCUAUGGGGAGAAGACAGGCACUCAGCCACCAGGGAAGAUGGAGUUCCACCUCAUCCCCCACUCGCUGCCUGGCUUCACUGACACCCAGACCAUCCGCAUUGUCUACGACAUCCCCACAGGCAUCCAGGGCCCUGAGCAUCCCAAUCCAGGCAAGAAGUUCACUGCAAGAGGCUUUCCACGCCACUGCUAUCUGCCCAACAACGACAAGGGCCGGAAGGUGCUGAGGCUGCUCAUCACGGCCUGGGAGCGGAGACUCAUCUUCACCAUCGGCACGUCCAAUACCACGGGCGAGUCGGACACUGUGGUGUGGAACGAGAUCCACCACAAGACGGAGUUUGGAUCCAACCUCACGGGCCACGGCUACCCAGAUGCCAGCUACCUGGACAAUGUGCUGGCCGAGCUCACAGCCCAGGGUGUGUCUGAGGCUGCAGCCAAGGCCUGAGGCCCAAGGCUGCCCACCUUCCCUCCUGCUUUGCCCCUGGUCCGGUACAUGCCUCCAUCCACCAGCUGUGUCCUGGUGGCCCAGGUUCAGGGCUAGGGAGGAGCCUGCAGAAGGAGCCGGAAGUGUCCCAGGGAUUUGGUGGCAGGUG